AUGUAUAAGAUGGAUGGGCCAAGAGCUGCGGAGCAUUCUUUAUUUGCGGGCCGGCCUGUCUCUCAAUUCUCCUGGGAAGAUGCAUUUAAGUUGACUGAGUAGUGAAGACAACGACGCUUGAUUGUAUUGUAUACAAAUCAAAUCCGUGUCCGUCUGCCCGUUGAAAAUGGCAGGCCUUGUUUACGAGAUAUUCGCGUCGUCGGCGUUGGUGUCGCUGGGGUUCUACCACCUCAUCAGCACCACCCGCAACUACCUGAAAUCCCCACAGUCCUACUCCGCAAAACCCUACCAUCCCUUGACGCUUGCGUCGUCCUCGCAUUUCCUCAAGCACCUUGAGCUCUACCUGCUCAUCCUUUGCCUCCUCGUCGCCUUCGCCCACCAACUCCUCGUGUCCUUCGACCCCGAUCCUCUCCUCAAGGGCCAUUCCCCCGUCCACCGCCUCACCUCUCUUCAGUCCGCCGCCGUCCUCUUCCUCUUCCUCAUCCUUUCCCUCUCCCUCCUCCUCUCCGACUCCCACUCCGCUCUCCUCCCCCUCCCCUCCGAUCUCUUCUUCGCCCUCGCCUCUGGCCUCUUCUUCCUCCAGUACUCCGUCUCCUCCUCUGCCGCCUCCGUCCAGACCUCCGAUCUCCAGGCCAGGUGCGACUCCAUAUCCGCCCGCGUCUCCGCCCUAACCGCCCUCCUCUGCCUCCUCCUCGCUUGCCGCCCCAAACUCUUCGUCGCCGAUGUCUGCCUCGGCGCCGCCAUGUGCUUGCAGGGUCUCUGGGUGCUACAGACCGGCCUCUCCCUCUACGUAGACGCCUUCAUUCCCGAGGGCUGUCACCGGCUGCUCGACGUGGUAAGCGGCGUGGAGGGCUCCACCAAGUGCGAGCUCGAGGAUUCCAGGUUGAGGGCCGUGGCCAUUUUGGAUCUGGUCUUCCUUGUUCACGUCAUGUUCGUGCUGCUCAUCGUCGUGGUCACCUACGCUGCUGUGGCCAAGGCCCUUGGCAUCCGGAGAUCGCUUGGGUCGUACCAGGCCUUGCCCACCACUGCCUCUCUGGCGGAUAACAACAACAAUCAUAUUCAGAUGAAAGCUUUGACCGGCACCCAGGCUUGAAUCUCUUCACUCCUCCUUGUCCACUCCUAUUACGAUAGUUGAUCUGCAUAGAGUUAUGUAUGUGAAUACAGUCUAUUUUUGUUUCAAUAUAUUUGUCCUGACUCUUUAUUUUA